UAAUCAGACAAAUAAACUUCUCCCAUAAUUGUUCCUGUCAUCAUUCUUGUGCUCCUAGUUAUCAUGACACAAUAGUACAGACAUAGUCCUCUCCAGUCUUCUCCUCUUGCUAUGGACAAACCCUCGUCAUGCGUGACGGUCCAAGAAAUCCCAUCCAAAAGCUCAUGGACGUCUGUCGAAAGAGGGAGGAAUUCUGACCAAGAAGGAGAGGAAACCAUAGCCAUGAGGAAGAACAUCGAGAAGAGAGCAAAGGGCAAUGAUGCAACGAGAAGGUUUCUUGGGGUGAGACAAAGGCCUUCGGGGAGAUGGGUCGCCGAAAUCAAGGACUCCAUGCUGAAGCUGAGGCUGUGGUUGGGCACCUUUGAUAGCGCUGAGGAAGCCGCUCUGGCUUACGACUGCGCGGCCCGGCUUCUCCGAGGGAGGAACGCGAAGACGAACUUCCCAUGCCGCCAGCGGAUUGGUAAUCACCACGAUGUGAACUGCAGCUUCGUUGGACAGCAUCCGAAGGUCGACCAGAUUCUCCAGCAUGCAAACAUGAAGCAGCCACCGGCAAGAUCGUCGUCGCCAUCAUCAUCGUCAGCUCUCAACUCUUUUCUCAACUAUCCAUGGCGAGAUCGGAAUGAGAGAAGUGAAGGCGGUUCGAAAGGUGUCGAUGCCGUCGUCGAAGAAACGAUAGUCUGCUUGUCGAACUCGUCGAAAGAAGGUUCGGACCGUUGCGGUAUGCAAGGAAACGAGUCCUGUGGGAUCUCAUUAUUCGGUAGUUCUAAGGUGUAUUCCUCAGUGUUUGUGGCUCCUUCAUUUAGUUCAAGAGGCUUAGUUGAAUGA